CCGUUGCCCGGGGCCGGUCCUGCUCCUGCCCCGCCCGAUCCCGCAGCUCUCCCAUCUCGCCGCCGUCUCCGUCUCCUCCCUCCGCUCCCGUCGCAGCCGCAGACAUGGACCCUUCCAUGCCGCCGCCUCCGCCGCGAAACCCUAACCCCUCCUCCUCGACCACCUCCAUGCCUCCUCCACCGCCCCCGAACCCCACCUCUGCCUCCAUGCCGCCCCCUCCGCCUCCAAAGCCCUCGCCGCCACCGACGCAGCCGGAGGCGGAGUCUCAGACGGCAUCAUCCGCGGCGGAGGUGGAGGGGCGCGCUGGCCCCACUCCAUCCUCCUCUAUGCCGCCGCCUCCGCCCCCGAAACCCGCCCCGACUGCACCGCAGCCGGAGGUGGAGGCGGGGGCGGGGGCGGGGGCGGGGGCUGAGGGCAGCACUGGCCCUAGCCCUAGUGCGAGCGACUCGUCAGCGGGGGAUGCGCCGAACCCCAGCGGGGCCUCCUCCGGCGACACCGAGAUGGAGGAAGCGGCCGCGCCGCCAGCGGAGCAGCAGAGGCAGCAGCGGCCGCGCGCGCCGUAUGUCAUCCCCGAGUGGAGCGCCGCGCCGGACCACCCCUUCUUCCUCGAGGUGCUCAAGGACGGCAGCAUCGUCGACCAGCUCGACGUGGCCAAGAAAGGAGCUUACAUGUUUGGUCGGAUUGAUAUGUGCGAUUUUGUGCUGGAGCAUCCAACUGUUUCUCGAUUUCAUGCCGUUCUGCAGUUUAGGAAUGAUGGGAAGGUUUUCCUUUAUGACCUUGGAAGCACACAUGGAUCUUUUAUCAACAAAAGUCAGGUCAAGAAGAAGUUGUACACAGAGAUUCAUGUUGGAGAUGUAAUUCGGUUUGGGCAAUCAUCACGUCUGUACAUUUUUCAAGGACCAUCUGAGCUGAUGCCUCCGGAAAAAGACAUGCAGAAGCUCUGGGAUGCUAAGAUUCGGCAAGAUAUGCUUGAUCGCGAAGCUUCCAUUCUACGUGCAAAAACUCAAGCAGCUUUAGCUGAGGGAAUCUCAUGGGGUAUGGCAGAAGAUGCAAUUGAAGAGUCUGCAGAGGAUGAUGCAGAUGAAAUCACUUGGCAAACCUACAAAGGUCAACUUACUGAUAGACAGGAGAAAACACGUAGCAAGAUAGUAAAACGAAUGGAAAAGAUUGCCAACAUGAAGAAAGAAAUCGACGCAAUAAGAGUAAAGGACAUUUCUCAAGGUGGGCUAACCCAAGGUCAGCAAACACAGAUAGCACGAAAUGAACAAAGGAUAUCUCAGAUUAUGGAGGAGUUGGAUAAUCUAGAAGAAACUUUAAAUGACAGCAUACGCGAAAGUAUUGGUGCUCGUUCUGGAAAGUCAAAUCGUGGUAGCCAUAAAGCAAAUCUUGAGGAAGAAGAUGACGCUCUUAGCGAUGAUGAUGAAUUUUAUGAUCGGACAAAGAAGAAAUCUAGUCAGAAGUCCAAUGAGCAACAAUCAGUUGAGACUGCUGAUAGUCUUCUUGAGAAAAAAGAUUCCAUCACCAGUGAUAUUGAAAAUAAAAAGAAAUUGCUCGAAGAAGAGAAGCAUAAGCUGGCUCAGAGCAGUACUGUGGAUCUUGGGGAUGACCUUGAUGCUUACAUGAGUGGCUUAUCAUCUCAAUUGGUACAUGAUAAGAUUGCUCAAAUUCAGAAGGAACUAUCUGAUCUUCAGGCCGAGCUGGACAGAAUAGUAUACCUACUAAAAAUAGCUGAUCCUAUGGGAGAAGCAGCCCACAAGAGGGAUCUAAAGCCUCGAGAAGCGAGAACCCCAGCAUCUAAUGAUAAUCUAAGGCCAGAAUCCAAGAAACAAAAUAAAGUUGUCAAGGCUACUUCAGCUGAGAAGCCAAAGGAUUCUUCUAAUGAGACAGCAACGAAUAAGCCUGCUAAAGUAGAGACUGAUGUCUCCAAAAACCAAGAAAAUGUGAGCAAACCUGCAUUCUCCAUGCCAAAACCUCAGUGGCUUGGUGAUAAGAGGAUCAUAGAACCUGAAGAAAACUUCAUAAAUGAAGAAAAGGCGGAUGUAGAGGAACCUGACAAUUUUGUGGACUACAAAGAUAGGAAAGCAAUUCUUUCUAAUUCAGGCAGUGGAAAGGAGCUUGAAGAGGCUGCUCCUGGGCUUAUUUUACGGAAGAGAAAGUCCACUGACCAAUCAGCUUCCAGUGAGACAAAUUCAUCUUCUGUUGAAAGUGAAGCAUCAGUUGCUGAUGCUGUGGCCCUUCUGCUUAAGCAUAAACGAGGUCUACAAACUUCAGAAGAAAUGGAGAAUGAGGACGAACCACAUGCUAGCAAGAGAGAAGGGAAGAAGUCAAAACAAAAACGGGUAUUGGGUCCAGCGAGACCAGAUUUCCUUGAAGCAGGACCAGAUUCUGAAACAUGGGUGCCACCUGAAGGUCAAACUGGUGAUGGGCGCACUGCGAUGAAUGACCGUUUGGGUUAUUGAUGUACUUCCAUUAACUCGCUGUGAAGUAUGGUUGCGUGUCUACAGUGUUGCAAGCCUGUUUGGGGCCAUAUUCUGUGAAGGCAUAGCAAUAGAAGUUGAGAUUGCUCAUUCUGUUUAUGGCGAGCUUAGAAAGGGAACAGGUUUUGUUCAUCUCCUAGUGGAAUUGUACAUCUGCUGAUUCUCUCAAUUUUUGCAGAGAAGGUACAUUAACUUGUCCCACAUUCCAAACCUCUCCUCUCCUCCGCUUGACCAUGAUAAAAAAUUUGCUCUAGUUGGGAAAAGAAGUUCCAUCAAGAAGUGAAAGAAAAAUAAAUGUUUCAACCAAAAAAA